AUGCUCUCUGGCUGCCCUGCCUUGGAAAGCCUUGAGCUGAUGAAAGUUUUUGGCAUUGAUCGCCUUUGCAUCAGCUCCCAAACUCUUAAAAGUUUACGCUUUUUCGCCGGCUGGACCAGUCAAGGUCUCUUUUUGCAUGAGUUAGUCAUUGAGGACGCCCCGUGCCUUGAGAGAUUGCUACGUCUUGAUCCAGUGGGCACAAAGUCCAUAAAGAUAAUUGGUGGGGCACCUAAACUGGCGAUAUUGGGUAUGCUGUCUGAAGAUAUAUCUGAACUCCACCUUGGAAGUUCAGUUUUUCAGAAAAUGAUUGCUGUCAGUUUGACCACCAAAAUGCACACCAUGAGGGUUUUGGCUCUCAGAUCUACUGGCCCUAAUUUGGAUGCAGUGGUUAACUUCCUCAAGUGCUUCCCUUGCUUGGAGAGGUUGUAUGUCAUUUUCAAGUCAUGGGAGGUUAUCAAUAAUGUCCGGAGUUAUGAUCCACUGGACCCAAUUGAAUCCCUUGAGCUCCAUCUCAAAAAUGUGGUGUUGAAGAAUUAUGACGGCACCAAGAGUUCAUCUAUUGACUUUGCCAAGUUCUUUGUUCUGAAUGCAAAAGUGCUAAAGGAAAUGAAAAUCACAUUGCCUUACCACCGCCGGCACAGAUGGUUUGCUAAGCAAUUCAGCCUGCUACGAGUCAGAAGUAGAGCUUCUCAAGAUGCUCAAAUUGAAAUGAGAUGUGGCAGUCACGAGUAUUUCACACACAUCAAGCGUACCCAUGAUUUGUCAACUGACGACCCCUUUGACUUGCCCUCCAUAGGGUGCUCAAAGUGUAAAGAGAAGGGUCUAGGAGAUGCGGUAUACCAAAUUUAA